AAGGCAACUGGAGAAGAGAAAAAGUCAUCUGUUAAAGAUCCAAUGUGAUGUGUGCAUGUUAGACAGAAAUAUUUCUUUUAGUUACACAACUGCUGUGCUGUGCUGGAGCAGCAAGAUUUGUCUUGUUUCCUUCCUGAAUGUUCACAGGUUAUUUGGCAUUCCCUUGAGCUAUAAAUUACAGCCAUAAGCUUCCACCAAAGGAGUUUGUUUAAAAGUAGGCUGGAGUAGGGAAACGACACACACACACCUUUGAAAAAGAAGAGAGACUUAUUUCUAUGUCAGCCCAUUAAAGCAGCCCAAUUCAUCUUUCUCUUGCGUGGAGAACUAAGUUUCUCUAAGGAUCUCACUCUGUGCUUCGCCAUGAAGACGGCCACAAUCUUUUUCGUAAUUUUUGUCAGUUUCAUGGGAGGCUUAGGAAAAAAUCCAAGGCCAAAGAAAAGGAGCAACGGUGACGAAAUAAAUUUUUAUACUAAAGCGAAAGAUGCCUGCACGAUGAAUAUGAGUGGAAAUGGCGAAGUGACACUCAGAAUAGAAUGCAGGAGUCAAGGCAAAAUUUACUGGUGUGAAUAUACUGGGAAUCCAUCGCUUUGUCGUUCUUUUAAUAAGAACCAAAGGAUUUACUGGAAUCAGAUUGCCAUGGACCGAAGGAAACAGACCAACGCCUGCCAGCCCAAUGCGGUUCUGAAGCCGUCCAUGUGCCAGAGGGCUCCUCCUGAAGCUCACAUGAAGCAAGUGGCUUCCAGCAUAAAGCCAAACCCACAGGCAGAUACUGUCAGUCAAGCAAAGGCUGUCCCGAACCCCGCAACUUCUCCAAAGCAAGUUAAAAAAAGCCAAGCAGGGAAAGCCUUGCUUAAAAAAACAGGGAGACCCAAACCAUCUCCUUUGCCUCCUACAAAAGCAACCCAAGAAGGUCAGAUGUCUGGAAACGAUUCUGAAGCGAUGAAGUUAGCGCGGAAGCAUUGCUGGGAGUCCCUGCAUGACAUCUGUUCCUACAUCAUCAGCAUUUUUAGAGGCUGAGGAGGAAAAGGGCAAAAGCCUUACAGUUGCUGAGCUCCUGACAGCAUUACUUUUUUCAGCUGGGUUUAUAUAAACAGCAUUACAUUUUUGCAGCUGUUCUUUUCCCCCCCUAUAUCUCGAUGAGUAUUUUAAACUAUAGCCCCAAAGAUCUCCAGGAGGAGAUAGCUAUGAGUCAGUAUAGCAGACGCCAAUUUAAUGAUACUGUGCACUAAAUUGUACUAUGUUGAGCACACUAAUGGCUCGCUGAAC